AUGGGUAGAUUGAAAGCAUGGUUCAAUAAGAAAAUCACCGACCCUCUUCUCCAGAUCUUGCGUAGAGGUACUGAGCCUAAGCAGCUUGCUUUCUCCGCCGCACUAGGUAUCACCUUGGGAAUAUUUCCGAUUUGCGGUGUUCCUGUCUUUCUAUGUGGAGUAGCUUUUGCGUUGCUUGGAUCUGCUUGUCAUGCUCCUACCGUGAUGUUGGCUAAUAUCAUUGCCACUCCAGUAGAACUAGCUCUCGUGGUGCCUUUCCUAAGACUAGGAGAAAAAGUCACCGGAGGACCUCAUUUUCCUUUGACAUCAGAUGCACUAAAGAAGGUUUUUACUGGUCAAGCCUCUCAAGAAGUCUUUUUAAGCAUUGGCAAUGCGUUGCUAGGGUGGCUUGUAGCAACACCGUUUUUCUUCAUUGGUCUAUACGUUUUGUUGCUCCCAUGUUUCAAGAUCUUGGUUCGAAAGUUUGGUGCCGUUGCUUCAACACCAAAGACACCUACAAAUGCAGAGACAGAGCUCAAUCCAAAGCCAAGAGUCGCUUAA